AUGACAACCAAGCCUCUUUCCUCAAAUCUCAUACUGGGGGAGACUUCAAUUUCAUCCAGUCCCCGACCCUUGACACUACAGUCUCUCCACAGGGAAAACGCAAAAAAGGGACUCAGGCCCUCUGCAAAACUAUCAUCAACACCUUGGCCUUGUAUAACCUAUACGAUAGCUGGAGAACGCUAUUUUCUUACUAAUACAACAGGCGAAGUCUCGGACUAUACAGUGUGGUGCGCGCAUAAAGCUGUGAUGAGGGGACAGUUCAUUAGACAAUCAGCGUACAUAAAACGACACAACCAAACCCCCCUCCUAGACUGCCACAAACAAAUAGCGAUAGCCACAGCCCAAAACAAAAAGACACCCACGACAGCCCUAGCAGACAAAUUAAGAGACCUAUACCAGGACCUUACCAAGCUCAAUGCCCAGAAAACCCAAUACUUUCUACACAGACUACAAGCCACCACAUACCACAAUAGUGGUAAAGCAUCCAAAUACUUGGCCAACAGACUCAGGACAAAGCAGGCUGCUAAUAGAAUCCCAUACCUUAUAGGGCACACAGGAGACAAACUCAUGAACCCCAUGAACAUAGUGCAGGAAUUUGCACACUUCUACAAACAACUAUACAAUCUAGACUCAAGUUGCGGCGCUAAAGCCCCAGAGAAACAAGCUAUCUGCAGCUACUUACGAGAUAUUGA